AUGAUUGUAUUCUUUUCUCAGAAAUCACCUAAGGACCUUCGGCUGAUAGCGACUAUCAGCAUUCUAAAUGGUGCCUUGAAAGCCGAGGAGAACAUGGAGAAACAACUGCAGAAAAUGGCUCAGGAUUUCUAUGCAAAAGCGCCCUCGACGAGUGCAGAAGGCAAUUUGCAGAAGAUCAAGCAGAUUGAGAAGUUCAUGACGAGAGAUCGCAGGGCAAUUGCUAUGCUUUCCACGGCUCUCGAUCUCGCCAAGACCAAUUCGUCAGUCGAUGACUAUCGAAGGGCUCUUCAGAACAGCGUUCGCAACUUGCAGCCUUACCCUUUGCCCUCCAAAGACAUCUUCAGUGGAAACGCCACGCAGCAGACGAAAGCUCUGAAGGCUCAAGUAGACACGCACAUCAAUAUGAUGCAUAAGAUAUUGGUGGAGAAGGGCAGGCAGACGAUGAAGUACCUGAAAGCCCAGCAGCCGAAAGCUGUCGCGAAGUCUGAAGUGAAAAAGGAGGAGAGGAAAAGUACCAAAGCGCCAAAUGAGCGGCCAGUUUCGGCUCAAGGUCCAUACGCGGGCACUUUCGUGUCGUAUGUGCCCAUUUCACACCCACCUGUCUUUUUCACAGUCAACGCCCUCACGGAUUUCACGCAGUCGCCGGACUUUGUCGCGCCCUACAUUGAGCGAUCCCGGCGCCAGGACGACAAGACGUCCGAGGAGUCGUCGAACGCCAUCGACAACACCAGCGACAGCAGCAGCGGACUCCAGCUGUCCGAGGAGGAGACGGACGAGGAUCGCCCGGGCGGGCUCGUGGGCAUCAUUGCCUCCCUGAGCGGCGGCGAGGAGGGCUCGGACGUUGGGGCGCUCCUGGGCGCGCUCACGGGCGUCGUGACGAAUCUGUUUGGGCCCGGUGGAUUGGAUAUUCCGUCUUUGUUGAGUUCAGGAACUUCUCUUCUCGCUGGACUUCUUGGGGGAGAUGAUAACUUCGGGAAAGUCCUUGCUGGUUAUGUUGUAACCGCCAUCGAUGGUUUCUCUGGCGGAGGAGCUGCGGAUCUCAACGGACAGUUUUUCGGGAAUUUCUUAGGAGCUCUUCUUGCGGGCUUGAGUCUGGAUCCUGACAAUGAGGAGGGUCCGCCCAAUCCCACUCUCUUCCUGCAAAACUUCUUCAAGGGCUUCAAGGAGGGCAAGAGAAGAGGCGAAGCGACUGAAGAGGAGAAGGAAGACAGCAACAAUGUGAGCAUGACUGAUAAAUGGAGACUUUCUUCCCAGACUAACGAAUGCUUUCAGGCAGGAAGUGCUGGCAUCUUCGGCUUCAUCUCAAAUAUCGUGUCAUCCGUUGUUGGCGCUCAUCUCAAGGUGUCGCCGACUUAUCGGGCAGUUCAUCAGCCGCCUCGUCUUCCGGAUCGCGAUGAUGCUGCGUCGCCAAAUGCCAGUGAAAUUGAAAGUGGAUGCUUUUCGGCCAAUUGUACACAAAGUUCGAUGAAGUUUAAGUAA